AAAAUAAAAAAUAAAAAAUCUCUAAUAAUCUUCAAAUAUGUGCUUUCGAAUCUUUUUUCUUUUUCUUUUUAUUAUUUCCUUCUAUCUUUUUUUCGUUCUCCCAAAAAAUUAACCCUAGCCGUCCCUCACCCUCAACACUGCCGGCACCUCCUCGUUUGUCUCCAAUCAAAGGUCACCGGUCAUUCCUUCUCUUUCUCUUCUCUCUCCCGCUUCUGUUCUCUUCUUUUUCUUUAGCCCACACCCCCUACCCGCCGUUUGCUUCUCAACGCCGUUGUUGGCACCGCCGCAGUCCGACGUCUUCGACCUCUUCUCGGCCUCCGUUGUCUCCCUUCUCUUCCACCUACUUCUUUCUCGUCUUUUAUUUGAAAUCCCUAGCGUCCCCGCUCUGCUAAGCCUUCAGCGAUGGUCACCGUCGCCGUCGUUGUCCGCUCUCCAACAGAGUCACCGCCAGACUUUUUUCCUUUUCUUCUCCUUCACUAGCCUCCGCGGUGCGCAGCUCUUUCCAAGUCCAGGACCCCAGUGCCACCGUCGCCGUCCGGCCUCUUCAUAUAUAGAUAGAUAGAACUAUUCAAAAUUAUAAAACUAAAAGCUAAUGGGCUAAAGCCCAAAAAAAUUAUUUAAAAUAAAAAGAAACCAUCUAAGCCUAAAUUCACUUUGGGUUUAAACCCAAUUCCUUCAAACCAAAAUUAAUUCCAAGUUAAAGAGCAAGUUUUUUUCCCCCCCAAGAACAGUAUAUUGAAGUCUCAGUGUGGUUUGCUGCUAACUCACCGGCCCUGUUGCUGCCAUCUGAGGGUUGUGUUCAUUGCUCAGGAGGAAAGAAGCGAAAGCAUGGGAAGGAGAGGAAGAGGCGGCGGCAGAGACGGCGGAGGCGUGAAAAGUGCAGCAAAUACGCCAUCAAAGUUCCAAAAGACGGUGUCACUCAGAGAAGAAGCGAGCGGCAAGAAGCAAACAAGGGGAGGAGGUUCCACAAACGUCAAAGCUGUGUUGAAACACGAACACUUGCAAAACCUAGCCGUUUGGGCUAGCGGCGGAUCUUCAAUCCCUUCUUUGGCUUCCUUCUUUGGGCACAGAUUGGCUGCUGAUGGAGAAGCUUCUGCAAUCCCCCAGGACCCUUCUUUCUUUCCCUGCCAGAGAUGUGAGACAAUUCUUCAGCCUGGCUUUAAUUGCACUGUUCGUAUCGAAAGGAAUCGAGCAAACACAAGGCAUAGACGUAAGAAACCUCAUAUUUCGACACAGAAUACUGUAGUCUACAACUGCCACUUCUGUUUGCAUCGGAAUCUAAAACGAGGCACUCCGAAAGGCCACAUGAAAGAGAUGUACCCUCCCAAGUCAAAAACGUCUUCAAUCUCCAAAGUUGUCAAGUCUAGAAUUUUGAAGCCUAUUGUCAGUUCAGAUAAAGAAAAAAGCAAAGAUAAUGAGAUAAUUGUAACAAGUUCACCUGCAAUGGCUGCUGCUGAAAAUCCGAGCACAGAUGGUUCAGUGACUCCGGUCAGAGGUAGGACUUUGUUGGAUUUGAAAAAGAGAAAUAGGAAGAAAUCCGGGUCCAAAAGACCGGCUGAACCCGAAAACAAUCCGAUGACACCUGAUGCAGAAAAAUCUGUUGGAGCUUCAAGUAAAAGGAGAAAAUCUUGGAUGAGCCUUAGAGAAAUUGUUGAGAGCAACGAGGACAACCGCUUCUAAUUCUACAAUACCAUUCUUGGUUUAAUUACAUACCGGACCGAAUCGAUCACCGAUUUUUGGUACGAUUGACCGGUUUGAUUUUUUUUAUUAUUAAUAUUUAGUAGUAGAAUCACGGACAACUGAUUAUGCAAACGACUGAUGCCCCUUGUGCAUAAUUAAAGCAAUCUUAUUUGAUACGAAGGUACUCCAUUGUCUUUUAAAAAUUUCAGAUACGGAUAUGUUCAAUGCAAAUAUUCGUUCUUCCCAUA